AUGAAGAGGACAAGACCUCAACGAGACUCAACAAAUAGAUUCAGAGCUCCCUGUUUCCCUUCCAUGGACUCUAAGGUUCCCAAUAUGGUGAAAAGGGAAAGUUACUCGUCUGAUGAGGACGAAGAUGAUGAACCUUCCCCAUACGACCUACUUGAUAAAUCUACUCAACGCGACAUAGAUCUUUUGCACCAGAUCUGUGCUUUAGAAGAUUUUUAUCAACGUUUCAUGGCUGUCAUUUAUGAAUUGGAUCAACCCGCCAUGAAAGCUACUUACCAAUUAGAUUUCGGUAACAAGGAUCUUCUGAAAGAUCCUGCCACCGGAAAAUACGUAUCUAGAGAAGACAAUCCAGCUCGCUUGAUCGAAAUGCUUGAAAGGAUAACUGAUUGUCAACGAAAAUCAAAAGAUAACUUGGUUACCGAAGUUAUUCUCGGAAGACUGGAAUCCACCUUCAUAGAAUUCCUUCGCAAUACUGAAGUGGAACUUCGGUCUUGUCCCAAGUACAACAACGGCGUAGGAGUCUUCCUUAUCCGUCAGGCUUUUCCCAAAGGAAAGCCGACGAAAGAUCCCCCUGGCAAAAUCGAUUUGAGAGGGAUUCAGUUAACAUUGUUCACUCUGCCAAGAGGGAUUGAUGAUGCCGGCAGAUAUGGGUUCAAUUCUGCCUUGACUUUCGACAGACCGGAUGAUGCUGAUGAACGUCGGCAAAGGCUUUACUUGGGCUUAGGAGUCGGGCGACUAGUAAAUCACAGUUGCAAGUACAAUAUAGGUUGGGUCCUAGAACAUUCAGACAUGGAUGCACUCAGUCAGAAAUCUGGAAAUGGUAUAGGUUGUGCAACUUUCGACUUCAAACAGGUUGUGGAUAGGACCAAACCUGGUGAUGAGUUAUCUUGUUAUUACAGCGAUUACUUCGCUGAAAAUCUCUGCCAAUGUGACAACAGCGUUGUGCAUCUAGCUUCCAGUGAAUCGUCUGAACAUGAUUCAUCAGGUGAAUAUCAGGAAGGUAAACAAAACAAAAAGAAGUCUGCUUCAGAAGCCAAAUCUGCUUUCAAAAUGCGAGCGCGAAGAAUGAGAUCGAGUUCAAGUAGACUUUCGCGAAGAUCUGACACCGAAAAUAGCACCCAAAUGAUAAAGACUGCAAGGGUUCCGCCACGUGAACGACUCAAGUUGGACACCAGACUCGGUUGGUCAGCCGAUGAGGAAUUUCAAUCGCCUAUCGGCAAACCAACGACACAGAGGUCUGAGGCCAAUGCAAAUGCCAUUCAAGAAGACUCUGUUGAUAACGUUCUAUCACACUUUCCAACAUCCAAGAUUCCUGACGUGGCGGGUGGUCAAAUAAAAGGGAUAUCAGUGGUUAAAGGGGUUAUGAGACCUAAAUACAAUGACACUAACGACCGUAUCAGUACUAACGGUCCCGUUGAAUCUAAUCCACCUCUACCUUGGGGUUUUACUGACGCUGAUCCUGAUGACUUGCUGAAUGAUCUCCAUCCUCCAAGAGUGGCUGACACGAACCUUCAAGUCCUCGCUGAUACGUCGUCCGAAUUAGAGUAUUUACCUUUCUCGGGUGACGACAAUUGUCGGGCAGCAAGCAAACGACCUCAAUGUCAUCCACAAACCUACAUCAAACGGGACAACGAAUUCAUAUCAGCAAUCCAAAUAACCGAGAACACUAAAAGCAAGAGUGAACCAAGAACUAGAAAAGCUCCAUCGACUCGAAAAUCCGUUCCACCUACUGAGAAGUCUUCGGCAAGAACGAUAGAUAUAGUCGGAGCAGGUGCACUGACUACACCAUCAAGCUCGAAAAUUCCCGAGGUCGCUUCACUUACGCCAUUCGACGUGGCGAGAUAUUGGAAUAACAAUAUUUCAAGCUCAACACCCGCGCAGCCGACCGGUCCUGUCAAUCAAAACCCAGCAUCAAACAUCUCAGAGUUUGUCUGCCUCGAAGCUGAUCAAACAGUCAAUCACCCUCCCACUGCUGACGUAUUGGCCGAAUAUGCACCAUCUCCUCCAGCUGAGACACAACAGCAAAUACAAAAAAAUAUUGUCCGCGUCAAGAGGGUCAUCCGUGACCAUGCCAAGUACAUGCACGAGCUCUCUUUCACUCCAGACUUGCCAAGCCAUGUGUGGAAAGAGUGCAAGGAAGUUCGCGAUAAACAUAAUGAGGAGCUGGAGCGACUACUUCGGCAGGUCGACGAAAGCGGAGAGCGCGUGCGAAAUAAAGAAGAGACUGGCACUGGGGAUCCCAAGAUAACUGCGCACUUCCAACCUAUCUCUGGAAGUGGCAAAGAAGUGGCCAAAUCCUACAUCUAG